UUGUUCAUCUUUGAUGGCCUGGAUGAAAGCAGACUUUCACUGGAUUUCAGCAACAGGGAGGUCGUGUCUGAUGUCUCACAGAAGUCAUCUGUCAACGUGCUGCUGACAAACCUCAUCCAGGGGAAUCUGCUUCCCUCGGCUCUGUUCUGGAUAACUUCCCGACCUGCGGCAGCCAAUCAGAUCCCUCCUGCAUGUGUUGACAGGGUAACAGAAGUACGAGGCUUCACUGACGCCCAGAAGGAGGAGUACUUCAGGAGGAGAUCCAGUGAUGAAGAGCUGUCCAGAAGAAUCCUCUCACACAUCAAGACAUCCAGGAGCCUCCACAUCAUGUGUCAGAUCCCAGUCUUCUGCUGGAUCUCUGCUACAGUUCUGGAGCACAUGCUGACCACAGAGCAGAGAGGAGAGCUGCCCAAGACCCUGACUGACCUGUACUCACACUUCCUGCUGGUUCAGACAAAGAGGAAGAAGCACAAGUAUGAUGAGGGACAUGAGACGAGUCCACAGGAGCUGACGGAGGCUGACAGGGAAGUUCUUCUGAAGCUGGGGAGGCUGGCGUUUGAACAUCUGGAGAAAGGAAACAUCAUGUUCUACCAAGAAGACCUGGAGAAGUGUGGUCUUGAUGUCACAGAGGCCUUGGUUUACUCAGGAGUUUGUACAGAGAUCUUUAAAAGAGAGAGUGUGAUCUUCCAGAAAACAGUCUACUGCUUUGUUCAUCUGAGCAUUCAGGAGUUUCUGGCUGCAGUCUACAUGUUCCACUGUUACACUGAGAGGAAGACAAGAGAGCUGAGGACUUUCCUGGGACAAGACUGUUACCCAUCACUCGAUGUCCUCCUCAGUGAUGCCAUGGAGAAAUCCCUCCAAAGUAAAAAUGGCCACCUGGACCUGUUUGUUCGCUUCCUUCAUGGCCUGUCUCUGGAGUCCAACCAGAGACUCUUAGGAGGCCUUCUGGAUCAGACAGAGAACAGACCAGAAAUCAUCCAGAGAGCCAUCAACAACCUGAAGGAGAUGAACAUAGAUGAUAUCUCUCCUGACAGAAGCAUCAACAUCUUCCACUGUCUGAUGGAGAUGAACGACCGCUCAGUACAUCAGGAGAUCCAAGAGUUCCUGAAGUCAGAGAACAGAUCAGAGAAGAGACUCUCUGAGAUCCACUGUUCAGCUCUGGCCUACGUUCUGCAGAUGUCAGAGGAGGUUCUGGAUGAGUUGGACCUGGAGAAGUACAACACAUCAGUGGAGGGACGACAGAGACUGAUCCCAGCUGUGGGGAACUGCAGA